UUCUUAUGGGUCCCACCAAAUUACAUAUUCCACAUAUACAUAUAUUUCACCCGCUGAUGCACGGAUGAAAAAUGAAUCAAAUGCAAUACGGAAUAAUAUGUUCUCUGAAAAUGUACUCUGGGGCUUGUACGUUGACGGCUAUGUCUCCACUGCUAUGCUAGGUUCAAAACCGACUGUAUGUGGAGUGUCGAUGCAUUUAAUCUAGCGUUUAAAAAUUCCUAUGUAAUUUAUAUUGAGCAAUUUCAUUGGAAGGAAAGGGAUUUAAAAAGCAAGCUCUCUGCUCCUGGGUCCCCCGGCGCGUGCAAUCACAGCCCCCCUAAAGGGAGCUCUUUUGCAGUCACGUCCGCUUGCUAUUGGUCAGUGGCUGGUCAGAUGGUACGGUUUCCCUCUGUCCCGCACUGGCAUAUAGCCACCCAGCCCCCCCACCCCUCAACCCCCCCUAACUAAAACCCAAUCUCCGAUAAACUACUAAUAGCUAAACCACUUGGACUAUAAAACACAACAAAUCAUAAACCAAGCAAAAGAGCCGUACCCUCCCAAUGAGUUCCUAUUUUGUAAACUCAACUUUCCCAGUGACUCUGCCGGGAGGACAGGAGUCGUUCUUGGGACAGAUACCGUUAUAUUCCUCCGGAUACACAGAUCCUUUACGACACUAUCCCGGUGCUGCGUAUGGAGCUACCAGCGUCCAAGAGAAAGCGUACCCAUCCUCCUUUUACCAGCAAGCGAAUGGUGCCUACGGAAGAGCAACCGCCGCUGGUCCUUGCGAUUACGCGACAGCAGGCUUCUACAGGGAAAAGGACCCUGCGUGCACCCUCGCCAGCAUAGAGGAACACUCGUUCGUUCUCAGUCAGGAUCAUCGCAAGACAGACUGCACGGGGACGACGGGGAAAAGUAUCUACCCUGAGGCCGACGAAGAGAAAUCGCCAACGCCUGUUUAUCCUUGGAUGCAGCGAAUGAAUUCGUGUAACGGAACCUUCGGUAAUGCUGGGCGAAGGGGUCGUCAGACGUACACUCGCUACCAGACGUUAGAAUUGGAGAAAGAGUUCCACUUUAACAGGUAUCUCACCCGAAGGCGCCGAAUUGAAAUUGCGCACGCACUGUGCCUGACAGAACGUCAAAUAAAGAUCUGGUUCCAAAAUCGACGAAUGAAAUGGAAAAAAGAAAACAAAUUGAUCAACUGUUCACAAACCAGUGGCGAAGAGGAGGAAGAGAAGAGGACAGAAUGAAACUAUGAACGAUACAUACCAAGAAACAGAAAACUAUGGCAUAGAGGGCACCAGACAACACCUCUAAUAACACAAAUGAAGACUUUUCAUCAUGUUAACAACUGUAUCAUUCCUGUAAACUCGAUUUCAUUUUUUAUUGUGAUUUCUGUUUGUCUAAUUUUUUUUACAUGACAUUAAAAAGCACGUGGUUUUGUGCGUUCUUUAGAUUUGCUCUCAUAAAAGAAAUGUCAAUGUUGAACGAAGUUAUUUGGAAUCUGUGUCAUAUUCGUGUUUAUAUUUAAGCUAUGUAAAAAUAAAAUAAAUUCCCAUUGUAUGGAAAACGCUUUUCUAUUUUUUUUUUUUGUAAGUUAAACUGUAUACUUUAUAGACCUUUAGACAUUUUAAAGUAAUUUAUAGAAUGUGUGUAAAAAUGGCUGGAGCACUUAGAUAUUCCAGAAAACAAUGUAUGGUCACAGUAGUCUACAAUAGUCUAGUCUAUACUUUUGUACGUGUUUUUUGUUUGUUAUACAAUCCUCAAAUAAAACUAACAAAUUAUUU